CGGAGCGGCGCUGCCCUGCCCGGCGGAGGGGAGCGGAGCAGCAGCAGCAGGAGGAGGAGGAGAGGAAGAGCAGCAGGAGGAGGAAGAGCAGCAGGAGGAAGAGCAGCAGGAGGACGCGGUCCCGGCGCUGCUCCGCCCCAAGAUGGCGGCGGCGCUGAGGGGCCGCGCGGGCCCGGGCGGGGCUGGGGCGCUGUGGCGGCUGCAGAGCCGGCGGCGCAGCUCGUUCGACGUGGCGGUGGUGGGCGCGGGGAUCGUGGGGCUGGCCACAGCCCGGGAGCUCAUCCAGCGCCACCCCUCGCUGGCCCUGGCCGUGCUGGAGAAGGAGCAGGAGCCGGCCCAUCACCAGAGUGGACACAACAGUGGUGUGAUCCACAGUGGGAUUUACUACACCCCUGGCUCCCUGAAGGCCAAGCUGUGUGUGCAGGGGGCAGCUCUCUGCUACAAGUACUGUGACCAGAAGGGAAUUCCCUACAAACAGUGUGGGAAGCUGAUUGUGGCCGUGGAACAGGAUGAAAUCCCGAGGCUCAAAGCUCUGUAUGAGAGGGGGCUGCAGAACAAUGUCCCAGGGCUGAAACUCAUUGGAGCCAAGGAGAUCCAGGAGAAGGAGCCCUUCUGCAGGGGACUGAUGGCCCUCGAUUCUCCCUACACUGGGAUUGUGGAUUACAAACAAGUGGCCCAGUCCUAUGCCAGAGACUUCCAGGAAGCAGGUGGAACAAUCUUGACUGGUUUUGAAGUCACAGGCAUGGAGAUGGCCAAGGAAAGUUCUCCAGAAAGUGAAGAUGGACUGAAAUACCCAGUCAUUGUCAGGAACAAAAAGGGUGAGGAGAUCUGCUGUGGGCACGUUCUGACCUGUGCAGGGCUUCACUCCGACCGCCUGGCGCGGAUCAGCGGCUGCAGCCCCGAGCCCCCCAUUGUCCCCUUCCGGGGGGAUUACCUGCUGCUGAAACCAGAAAAAUCUUACCUGGUCAAAGGAAAUAUUUACCCAGUUCCCAACCCUCGUUUCCCAUUCCUGGGGUUCCAUUUCACUCCCAGGAUGGAUGGCAGUAUCUGGCUUGGCCCUAAUGCAGUGCUGGCCUUUAAGAGAGAGGGCUACAAACUCUUGGACUUCAGCCCUGGAGACUUUUUAGAUGCUGUAACCUACAGUGGGCUGUGGAAGCUGGUGCUGAGGAAUGUGUCCUAUGGCCUGGGGGAGCUGUACAGAGCCUUUUCCCUCAGUGCCCAGGUGAGGCAGCUGCAGAAGUUCAUCCCUGAGGUCACCACCAAUGAUGUUGUCAGGGGUCCCUCAGGGGUGAGAGCCCAGGCCCUGGACAGAGAGGGGAACCUGGUGGAUGACUUUGUGUUCGAUGGAGGCACAGGGGCCGUGGGCAGCAGGAUCCUGCACGUCAGGAACGCUCCUUCCCCCGCCGCCACCUCCUCGCUGGCCAUCGCCCGCGCCAUCGCCGACGAGGCCGCGCGCCGCUUCCAGCUCUGAGCUCUGCCAGCACUGCCCACUGCAGCACAGGCACCAGGCAGCACAGCUGGGCUGGGCCCUGCCUGCUGGGCAGUGCUCACUGCACACAGCCCCUCAGCUGUGCCUGCACACAGAUCCUCCAGCAUCAUCAUGGCCACCUGAGCAGGAGCAGCCAUGGGAGGAAUUCUGCUGGGAUUAUCCACGUGGAUUUCUGUCCUGGUGUGAAGGACAGGUGUCUGCCAAUAAAGGCAGGAGCUUCUCUUUGAAAUGGAGAAUGGAAACCCCUUCCCUUUAAAUUAUUAUUAUUUUGAAAUUAAGGGGCUCUCAGGCAAAGAUGUGGGAAUUAGGAAUAACAGUUCUUUACUAGGAAAAUUAAAAUAGAAAUGCAGUAUUACACAGAACAAUCCCAACCCUGCCAGAGUCAGAAUCCAAGCUGACACCCGUCAGUCAGUCAGGGUGUUGGCACAGCCCUAUCAAUGGUGGCUGCAUCCUCCUGCAGGGGCAGAUGUGGUUCAGCUGGAGCAGUGCUCCUGGAGAAGGUGCAGUUUCCUCUGAAGCUCCAGGGAUGAUGUGCAAAGGUCUGGUUUUCCUCUGGAAUCCAGUGGAAAGAAGGUUCCUUGGUGUCCAAAAUGUCAGUUUUUAUCUGGGUAGGAAAGGCUUGGCUCCUCCCCUGGCUGGAGCAUCUCCCAUGGGAUGAUGGAAUUUUAUCAGUCAUGCCCUGGGACUCACUGGCCAUGCCUGUGCUCACAUUGCCUCCUCAGAGGGGUCUGAAGAGCCACGGGUGUGGGGUGGCUCUGGGUAUGCUCUGAUUCCAUUUCAAUCAGAGUUGCAGUCCUCUAGAUUACAUGGAAGUAAUGGAAUAGAAGGAUAAGCCCUGCUUAAGGGCCCUGCUGAUAUGGAAUUAAAGGCUUUAUCAGAGAUUGAAAACAAUAUUCAGAUCCUUCAACGUGAAUGUAGAGUAUUUUACAGAAAAAUAAGCUUAAAGGGGAUUACCAAACCCAAGUCAAUUUAGAUCUGCAAUGCAGAUACUCUGAUCACUGUCUGUAUUUUUUAUGGAGCAGAAAUGAAAAUAUGGAUACAAAGAAUCACUUUCCAUUUAAUUUACAGAAACUUCGUCAGUGGCUUUGGGUUUCUUCCAACCUUUAAAUGCUGGUAAUGCAAAAGAAGCUGAUCUUUGUCCAGCCAGUUGAGCAAUCCAGGGAAAAAGGUCUUUGGAACAGGAAAUGUGAAGGGAGGGAAGCUCCAGAAGCCUGCCUUGAGUCAUGUUUGGUAUUGCUUCCCUUGGAGCCCGGGCAGGGAUGAGUCAGGAAGGUUUCCCAUUUCCCCUGAGCACAGGGGGAGCUCAGCCAGUGCUGCUGGCUCCUCUGAGCUCCACUGAUACCCAGUUUCUAUCAGUUACACCUGCAGAGUCUGUGUGGACAGAGAUUUGGAGUGAACUCAGUGUUGAGCUGAGGAUCUGGGAGUGUUCUGCAGAAUUGCUGCAAAGCAGAAUUGUGUGGCCUCAGGGCCAAAGUAUUGAGGAUUUUAUAGCACAGGCUCACAGGAUGUUGGGUAACACAGAUAAUUGUGGGGAGUUUGUACCAGAAAAUUGGACAUCAAUUUUUCCUUUAGAAGUUUUUUUUUCUGAGCUCCUCUGAUGGGAGUGGGUUAGCACAGGAGAGCAGCUCUGAUUUUACUGUAGAGAUUGGAGACACUUUGAGGGGAGAAAAAGGGCUUAAUCUGCCCUUUUUUAAAAAUUAUUAUUUUUCCUUAUUUUUUUCUCUUGGUAAAAUCUGCUUUAUCAGCAAAUUGACUGCUGGAAAUUCAAAUAACCACCCUUUCAGAGCAAAGUUUUGAUCACUUUAGGCAGAGCUUCAGCUGUUCCAAGUCUUCCAGUGCCACAGGGCUGUGUAAAACUUCCCACAGUGGAACAAUCCUGUCUUCCCUCCCUGCCAGAAGUGUUGCCUAUCAACAGUAAAUCCUACAAAAGAAUUGCAAAAGCCACUUCCUCCCACACGGGGUGUGGCCCUGACAUGUAUUAACAGAAUAAAGAACAUUAAAAUGCAGACAGACACCAGGGGAGUCCUAAGUCAGCAUUUCCCUGUGCUGCCUGCUGUGCUGUUUCCUCUCAGGUGAUGAUUGUUUGGGGUAAAGUUUAUUUAAAACUUAAAUUAUGGACCUUGAUGUAGCAUUCUGUGAAAUCUUUUCAAAGAUCAAAGUUUUACACUUUUGUUAUAAAAAUAAAUUCAGAGGUUAUGAUAUCAGGGUUCCUACAUCAAUCUUGUUGGUCACAAAGUGUGAAAAUGUAUUAAUUUAUUUUCUAAAUGAGCCUCACUUUGAUGAUUUCAUAAAUGUGCCUUUUAUGAUUAAAA